UGUCGCGUGUUGUGUAUUCACGCUUCUCCCUUCUUUCUCCGAUUAAUAGACAUGAGCUGAGACUUGUUUGCUGACUCAGCGACAAGUCAUCGCCACAAUAGCAGAAGAAAUUACAUAAUUCGAGGCACAGCUGUGAAGAUACGCUGCAUGAAAAAAAUCGGAGGCUGCACGCUGAGCGCGCGGCGAUGCGCACCAAGCGAGAUAACGGCCGAGAGACGUCCGAUCGUCAAUACGAAAAUGCGGACACAACAGACCGAGAGGGGAGCAAGACGGUGGACGUCGACCCGCGUCUUCUGUUUAUCAUUAUUGCCGACGAGACGCUCGAUAGUUCGCAAAGCACAUUGUGAAACGAUCGCAAAGCGAUGCGACGCGCGGAUCGUACGUCGACGAGUGCGGGCUCGCGCAGGUACAGACGGGACUCGGACAUCAUCCUGUCGAAUUUCAAUCACAAGGAGCACCUCUUCAAGUUCCUCGUCAUCGGCGAUUACGGUGUCGGUAAAACUGCGCUGGUCAGACGAUACACGGAAGGGAAGUUCUCCUCGAAUUACAAGAUUACCAUAGGCGCCGAUUUUGCGAUAAAAACGCUCGAUUGGGAUCCGCACACUAAAAUAAACUUGCAACUAUGGGACAUCGCCGGCCACGAGAGAUUCGGAUACAUGACGAGGGUCUACUAUAAAUACGCAGUCGCCGCGGCACUCGUAUUCGACAUCUCACGCGCGGCGACCUUUCAGUCGAUGAAGAAAUGGCUAGGCGACCUCCGGGAGAAGGUCACGCUGCCGGAUGGCUCGGGCAUACCGGUCGUACUCCUGGCGAACAAGUGCGACAUUUCGGUCGCGGUGACCAACGAGCAGAUCACCAGGUUCUGCAAAGAGAACAAGAUCGAUGUCUGGUAUGCGACCUCCGCGAAGAACAACACCAACGUCGAUACAGCGAUGCGCUAUUUGGUGGAAAAGGUUUUGUGCUCGAAGAUCGAGGGUGGCGUACGUGAUUCAAUUCGAUUACGACGAGAGGCCUCGUUGAAACACGAAAAGUCUGGUUGCUGCAAAUAGAGCGAUAAACAAAUAUUUUUAAAUUGUCGAGGAUAAGCAUUAAUAAAAUAUGUACCAACGAUACAGAUAACGGAAUACGAGCACUGGAAUGCGACGAUCAUAAAAAGUUGCACGCAAUGACAAGAAAAUGAAGCUAUUAAUAUCUCAUUUACCGUUUUAGAUUGCUAUUUUAUACGAUAAUUUCCACUUGCUACUGGCUGUGCCAAUAAUAUCUACUACUCUUGUAUACUUUACUCCUGAAUUUCUAAGUCAUACAAUAAAUGAGAUAAAAAAUU